CUUUGAAAACAGGUUUAAGACCAUAAAUGUAUCGUAGCAUAGUCCACUAACACUUUUCCUAUUCGAAGCGAUAAGGAAAUGUGUUUUUAAAACUCUAAUGCUUAUGCAUGUGGCGUUUGAAAAAAGUAUCCCAGUUUGCAGGAGGUCCCCGCCUCUGGUUAUCCCCUUGGCUCAUUGGCGUGGACCGUGCUACUGCGCCUGCUCUUCAGCGACACUCGCCGUUGGCUAACACUGGCUAAAGUGCACACGGUCACCCAGGGAACCCUGUGCCUAGCUGCUGCAAGCCUCUGCUGAGUACCGCUUGCAGCGGUCUCUCGAGGCAUCAACGCGCCACGCGCCGGGGCGGUGUCCGGUACUCAGAACGUUCCAGAGAAGCUCUCGAGCCGCGCCUCCCCAUCCGAUGCAAUGCAACUAAGCUCCGCGAGGUGCCGACUGAUGGCCUGCGUGGGGUAGGCAGGAUGAACUCGGGGAGAAAAGUAUUAGGAGCCUUGACGCAGCUUGCCCCGAGUAGCAAAUAGAUCUGGCCCACCCAUCAGCGGAAAACCCAAACUGGUCCUAAAGUGGGCCUAAGACUCAGAGCUGCGCCGGGAGGUACCGACUGUUUUCGGUUCUUUCCGCCGCAAGUCACCAGUGGUCGUUUCGGGAGGCAUCGGAGGCGCGGCUGUCCCUCGACUGCUUCCGCUUUCUUUACCGGCGUUGUCCGGGCAACACGGAGGCACAGGGAAUCUGGCGAAGUUAGAUUCCUAUACCUAAGGUUUCAUCCUUGACUAGGUCUGUGCGUCAUCAUGGCUCUGUAUUUUGACCACCGAAUCAAAGCUCCAGACACACCCAGCUCUCCCUCCCACAUCACCUGGCACCCCACCCACCCAUUCCUGGCAGUCGCAUCUAUAAGCCCAUCUUCUGGAGGCAACGUAGACAUCUACCUUGAGCAAGGUGAGCCCGUGCCUGACACCCACAUUGAGAGGUCUUUCCAGGCCACUUCACUGUGCUGGCACCCAACAAGGCUUAUCCUGGCUAUUGGCUGGGAAACUGGAGAAGUGAUAAUGUUUAAUAAGCAGGACAAGGAACAGCACACAGUGCCCCUGCCACAUACGACUGACAUUGCCAUCCUCAGUUGGAGCACCAGUGGGAGCUGCCUGGUAUCUGGAGAUAAGCUUGGGGUCCUGCUCUUGUGGAGAUUGGACCAGCGAGGCCGAGUACAGGGAACACCACUCCUGAAACACGAAUAUGGGAAAGCACUCACCCAUUGCAUCUUCCGGCUCCCCCCUCCUGGGGAGGAUCUGGUUCAGUUGGCAAAGGCAGCAGUAAGCGGGGAUGAGAAAGCCCUGGACAUGUUUAACUGGAGAAAAAGCAGCUUUGGAAGUUUCCUGAAGACGGGGUCUCAAGAGGGGCUGUCUUUCUUUGUCAGUCUCAUGGAUGGCACAGUGCACUAUGUGGAUGAAAAGGGCAAGACUGCCCAGGUGGCAUCCACAGACAGCUCCAUCCAGACCCUGUUCUACAUUGAGAGGAGAGAGGCACUGGUUGUGGUCACAGAGAACCUUCUCCUGUCUCUGUAUGUGGUGACUCCUGAGGGAGAAGCUGAAGAAGUCAUGAAGGUAAAGUUGAGUGGGAAGACAGGCUGCCGGGCAGAUAUCACUUUGAUAGAGGGCAGCCUUCUGGUGACAGCUAUUGGGGAGCCUGUGCUCAGGUUCUGGGACUUAGAACGGGGAGAGAAUUACAUACUGAGUCUACAGGAGAAGUUUGGCUUUGAAAAGGGAGAGAGUAUAAACUGUGUGUGUUUCUGUAAAGCCAAAGGUCUCCUAGCAGCAGGUACCAAUAAAGGACGAGUAGCUAUGUGGAAAAAAGUGCCAAGCUUCCCAAAUGGCCGUGGGGCGGAGGGCAAGGACAUGUGGGCCCUUCAGACCCCUACUGAGCUUGAAGGGAACAUCACACAGAUAAAGUGGGGCUCCAGGAAGAACCUUCUGGCAGUGAGCAGCACCGAGUCUGUGUCCAUCCUCAGUGAGCAAGCCAUGUCGUCACACUUCCACCAGCAAGUAGCUGCCGUGCAGAUCUCCCCGAGCCUAGUCAACGUGUCUUUCCUGUCCACGGGGGGCACACACAGCCUGCACACCGACAUGCACAUCAGUGGAGUGUUCGCCACCAAGGAUGCUGUGGCUGUCUGGAAUGGAAAACAGGUGGCGAUCUUUGAACCUUCAGGAUCCACCUUAAGGAAUGCAGGGACAUUCCUGUGUGAAACAUCAGUGCUAGCCAUGCAUGAGGAAAGCAUUUACACCGUGGAGCCAAACCGACUCCAAGUCCGGACCUGGCAGGGGACUGUCAAACAACUUCUGCUAUUCUCUGAGACCGAGGGGAGCCCCUGCUUCCUGGACGUCUGUGGGACUUUCCUGGUUGCAGGGACAGAUUUAGCUCAUUUUAAAAGUUUUGAUCUUUCCAGAAGGGAAGCAAAAGUGCACUGCAGCUGCAAGAACCUGGCCCAGCUGGUCCCUGAUGUGGGGAGCAUCACUUCUCUGAGAUGCAAUGCAAAUGGGAACAAGAUCAGCAUCCUCCUUAGCAAGGUCAACAACAGUCCUGAUUCCAAAAUCUACAUCUAUGAUGUUGAAAUGGACACAGUGAACGUCUUCAACUUCACAACUGGACAGAUUGGACAGAUACAGACUCUGCCCUUUAACGAGCCGCCGACUAAUGAGACCCGUUCCUUUAUGGACAAGAGCCUAGCAGGUUACACGCCGGUGAACCAUUUCUGGGAUCAGAGUGAGCCCAGGCUCUUUGUGUGCGAGGCCUUGCAGGAGGCCCCUGGAGCCCAGCCACAGGCUGUAGACAAGCAGCCCCGUGUAGAGGAGGGCACAUGCCACAAGGAAGAAGUGUUGAUUCUCUCCUUCUUUGCUUCUGAAGAGCAUGGCUUUCUGCUCCAUGACAGCUUCCCCCGGCCUUCAACCUACCAGAGCCUUCUGGGCAUGGAAGUGCCUCACUAUUACUUCACAAAAAAGCCUGGAGAAGCAGACAAAGAAGACAGGGUGGAUUCUGGGUACUACCACAUCCCUCAGAUGGUAGCCAAGAGGCCCCUACGAGACUUUGUGGGGCUGGAGGACUGUGACAAGUCUACUCGGGAUGCCAUGCUCAACUUUAGCUUCUUUGUCACCAUUGGAGACAUGGAUGAAGCUUUCAAGUCUAUCAAACUCAUCAAGAGAUGCAAAACACCACCGCCUCGGGUUCAUCCGUGUCCCCUACCGGAGCUGAGGUUCCUCUAUACCCCUGCAUAUUGACAUCUGUAUGUCUAUUUAGAAUGUUCCACUCACUCAGAAAACCACCGCCGCUUUCCAACUCAGGAUGGCCCUGUGUAGUCCAGAGCAAAGAGCAGCAUCAAGAGACAGGCAAGGUAGGGGACAGAGAGACAAAGACAACAGCUUUGACUUCUCUAAAACGUGGGGGCCCUGACCUCAUCCUCACUGGACCUUCCAGGAGGAGAGAACAGAUGGAGUUUGCUUUCCUCUACCUUAUCCUAAGCUAUUAAAACUCACGUUCGGGGUCACUAUAGUACUUUGUGGAUUUUUCAUGCAUGAAAAUUUCAUACAUGAAAAUACUAUUUAAAUUUGCAUUCCAAAAUGGCUGUGGUGGCUCACAUCUUUAAUCCAGACACUCAGAGUAUACAGAUAGAGGCAGGUGAAUCUCUUGUGUUCAAGGCCUGGUCUAAUGAGCAAGUUCUAGAAUAUACACAGACGCACAUGCGCGCACACACUUGCAUUCCACCUGCUACUAGAGGCAACUUCUCUACCAGUGAAGGAGAGUUAGGCUUCUCUUUAACAGCUUCAUUCCAUAGGCAUUCAUAUUAGUAGAGUAAAGCUGAUAUUUUGUUAACAGAUUUAGAAAUACUUUGUGUUCUCUUAUUCUCAUAUCUUUGGGCAUGUUUAUCAACCAAAAGACUUUCUGAUUUUGUCUUUUGUUGUUGUUUUCUUUUUGAUUUUGAUUUUGAUUUUUUUUUUUUUUUUUUGAGUCAGAGUUUCUAUAGGUAGCCCUGGCUGAUCUGGAACUCAGAAAUCCGCCUGCCUCUCCCUCCCAAGUGCUGGGAUUAAAGGUGUGUGUCACCACGCCCAGCUAGCCAAAGGAAUUUUUUUUAUGCUUGUUUCGGAAACAGAAAAAAGAUUAGAAUCGAGGCAGACUGGGUACACAGAGGUUGCUAGCUUAUGUCUUCUGAAACAAUAAAUAGUAAACAAGGAGGGAUAUGAAGCCUAAGGAAGCAAAAGCAAGCAGAAAGAAAUAUGCCAAUAUGCAUCCCUAGUGUGUAAGAAGGAAGAGACUGAGGGUAACCCCUUACAAGAAGUUUCCAUGGGGCUGGAGAGAUGGCUGGAUGAUACUGAGUGCAUACUGUUCUUGCAGGGGACCUGAUUUCGGUUUUUAGCACCCAUGUUGGGUGGCUUACAUGUGCCUGUCACUCUAGCCCUAACGGGUGCAGCACACUCUUCUCAGCCCCUUCAGUACCUGCACUCACUCUUAAUGAGUGAGUGCACACAAUUUUAAAAUAUUUUUAAAAGAAUUAGCCUGGGGCCGGGCAGUGGUGGCCCACUUAAUCCCAGCACUCGGGAGGCAGAGGCAGGCAGAUUUCUGAGUUCAAGGCCAGCCUGGUCUACAGAGUGAGUUCCAGGACAGCUACACAUAGAAACCCUGUCUCGAAAAACCAAAAAAAAAAAAAAAAGAGAGAGAGAAUAAUUCUGAACCUUCUGGUCAAGACUAAUAAUAUGCAGUCAUGUGACUAGGGAAGUUAGCAAGGGGGAAAACAGCAAGUUUUGGCGCGUGCAGGGCCGAGAGACCUGCUCUACUCAUUAAGGUGUGGUGUGGCCCUGGGCUCACCGUUGCACUCUCAGGAGCGUGUAGUCAUGAUUCAAAUGAGCCUCCUCUGAGAGGGGCCCCCAGGGGACAGCCCAGCAUGGACUGCAUUUCAGCAAAGAGAAGGGAGGAGAGUCUCAGAUGUGGUGGUCCCGGAGGACAUACAAGAGCACAUACAGGCAGUCCCUCCAAACAGUUCACACUCAGCCGACUGUAUCUCUAGAAAAUAUGUAGGCUCUAAAACUGUCAAAAUAGUCUGAUGUUACUGGACCAGCACAGAAGGGUCACCUUGAGGGAGCAGUCUUUGUGGUCAGUUUGUCCCACAUGUCGGAGUCAUGCCUGCUUUAACUCCUCUGUAUGCAUGUGUCACGACGACGAAACAUGUCAACAGAUUGAGGGUCAAGCACUUUCUGCUGCUAGAUUUGCAGGAGUGACCUGCUCCACAGUUCCAUGUUCUAAGUGCUGGCUGACACUGCCGAGGACAUUGGUCAUCAGAUGCCGCCUCUUCAGUCACCGAGCAAAACUUAGGCCUUCCCCACGCAUGAAAUGCUUCAUGGCUUCCUGAUGCCUCUGCUCCUCAGCUUGGCAGCCCUGCCUGUCCUGACACCUCUUUCCCUGCCACUCCUGGCUUCCGCUCGCCCCUGCUGCUUCGUGGUUAGGAGAGAUUUAGUUGUUCAGUGUGGCUGUCCCUUGGCUAUCUUACGGUGCCUGGUGUCCUCCUUUGGUUUCUAUCUCCCAUGUCUGGGAGUGCCGUAAUCCAAGGAUACCAAGGAUGCUCCAGAGUACCAAGGACUGUCAGGAACUGUGUGCUAAGUAACUUGAGGCAAAUCACAGCAAAUGGGAAACCGAAUAGGCUGGUGUGAGCCUGUGGAAAAGAAGGAAAGGGCAUGCCCGCCUGAGCUCCGCUGUGACCCCGCUGCCCCUGCUGAGUAAAGGCCAUGGAGGAGCCGGCUGGCACCUUGUAGGGCUUUGUGUUUGUCUUGUUGUUUUUGUUUUCUCUGUGUAGCCCUGGCUGACCUGGCAUUUGCUCGCAGGCCAGGCUAGCCUUAAACUCAGAGAUCUGCCUGCCUCUGCCUCUUGAGUGCUUGAAUUAAAGUCAUGUGCCACCGUUGCCCAGCUACUUUGAUCUUAAAGUUGAUCAGAAUUAGUCUCACAAGACUGAAGCCACCCCCAGCUAAGAUUCCCAAGGACCAUGCGAGGGAUUAGCACUGGCGCUCAUAGGUGGCCAAUGAUUUGUUCCAGGAUGGCGACUUUACAGCUCCAUCAAAGGGAUCCAGACCUUUCCAUAACUAGCUAUAUUAUUUAUUAUGCACACAAACUAAAGUUUCAGAAGACGUAUCUACUUCCAGGAACAACAGAGAAGAUGAAAGAGCACUCAUCCCGUUGAUGAGUUAAUUAAAGAGAUGUAAGUUGACAUGUGCAUAAAAGACCUUGUAGAGCCCUCUAUGUUCUGAAAGUAUAAAUUGGAAAGUAAAAACUGUAGAUAUGGGCUGGGUAGAUGGCUCAGUUGGCCAAAACCCUGCAAUACAAGUAUGAAGACAUAAAUUAAGAUGCCCCCACAAAAGCUAUGUUUAGAAAACAAAACAAAACAAAACUGGGCAGUGGUAGUGCACGGCUUUAAUCCCAGCACUUGGGAGGCAGAGGCAGGCAAAUCUCUCUGAGUUUGAGGCCAGCCUGGCUACAGAGUGAGUUCCAGGACAGCCAGAGUUAAAACAGAGAAACCCAAUCUCAAAAGACCAAAUGAAUGAGUGAAUGAAUGAAUGAAUGAAUGAAUGAAUGAAUGAAUGAAGCUCAGCAUGGUGGUGCAUAUCUGUACCCAACCUCAGUGGGGAGUGGUAGGGAGGGACCGGUGGAUCCUGAAGCUCAAGGGGCAGUCACUAGUCUCUAGCUGAAUCGAGGAGCGUCAGGUUCACUGAGAGAUCCUGUCUCAAAACUAAAGGUGCAUGAUGAGGAAAGACAACUAAUAUAGACCUCAGGGCACCACACAGGCAUGUGCACACACAGCCACACUAACAAGUACAUACGGCAUGCACACACACCAACUCACACACACAUACAUAAACAUGGAGCCUGACUGAUACACACUUUACAAAGGAAAAGUGAGCUGGACGGCCCUUCACCUGGUUCAUCGGUAGUCAUGGAAACCCAGCAGCAUGUGGCCUGCCUGGGGCUGGGCUGGCUGAGUUCCAUGUGUCUCCCCUUUCCCACUGGAGUGAAAGUCAGAGGCUGCACUUCACUUGCUUUUUCAUAUUAAAAAAAAAAAGUAGAAAGGAAAGUCUAGGUGGUUUUCUGUGAAAAAAGCAAAGCAUAACUAUGUACUAAAGUCUCAUACUAGAUAUUGCUGUGGUAGCAUCCGCCUACAAUCCCAGAGCUAGGGAGGCAGAGAUGGGAAGGUGAGUGCCAGGCCUGCCUGGGCUACAUAGAGAGACCCUCUCUCAAAAAACAAAAGCAAAUGGUUGACACAUCACUCGUUCUGGGUAUUGAUCAGUUUAAGUUUCAGUUCAGUUGUCAGUCAGCUUUGACCACGUUAGAACGCAUAUAGAAAGGGGAAAUGGAAUAGUCUGCCCAUUCCCAAUAUGGAGCCCUACAGGAAAUCUGAGCAAGGGACCUAGGUGAGCCAAGGCCAGCCCAGGGGCAGAGUCCUACAAAGAGGGGGCCUGAUACAUUGUAACAGGCAUAGAUAGCUCUUAGCAUCCUCUAGCUCCACAGUUGGCUGCCAUCCAAGACCUGCCGUGAACCAACAGAUAGGACGGUAUAGGCUAAGAGAUGAUAGGAAGAAAUCACCCCGUUAUUCAGUGUCAUUAAUAAAAAGCAGAUAAACCGUGGGAGAGCAGAGGUGUGACGCUGCGUGAACUCACUGCAUCGCCACGUGACCCUGGCCUCUGGGAGAAGGCGCCACGAGAAGGCGCCACAUCCAUCGUGUACUACAGACAUUAUUCUGAAGUAAGGUCAGCUUCUACUUGUGGGGCCUCUGUGCUUGGGAAAGGAUGGAUGAAGGCCCUCAGUGUGGGCCAAGGUUGGCUUAGAAAUCCUACUUUCAUCCCCCCUAAGUUAGGUUCCCUUUCUCCUCCGUGUCCUUUCCCCUGAAGACUUCUCUCCCCCAAAUUUUCAGUGAUGUAAUCAGCCUGUCCAGAAACCUCCAGAAGGGAAGUGAGUGCUUCAGCGAGUGCUCUGUUCUGCACACACGGGAUCAGUUCCAUCUCUAUGAAGUCCCGUUGCCAAAGCAAACAGCCUCUUCCUCUGCUCCGGCCAGCCCAGCGGAGGGCGGUGUGAAUUCCAGCACAGUGGAGAGCGCCCCUUUCCUCUCUUUCUUCCUUCCUGCCUUCUUCCUGGGGCCUAAGCUUCUGUCACAGAGUCUUCCCUUUUGGAAUGACUAUCAAACAUACACACAGGUGGCAUCAGAGGAAAGACACUGGGGUUGACCUCUGGUGCUCCUCGGCAAUUGAGCAAGCAAAGUGCUGGUGCCUUAGAGGGAACAGGACCGGCUUCUAAGAUGCAUCCUGACAAAGGGUCAGUUGCAGACACUGCCAGCCUUGGCAUGUCCAGCAUGUGUAGCCAGCAUGUGUAAUAAGGGAAGACGAGCAAACCAGACUUCUACCUCUUCCAUCAUAGUGUUCAAUCCCUUGUGUAAGGAGACUCGGCAGUACAGGACAUGAGCCUGAUUUUUUAUCCAAAUGGUUCUUUCUAGUAGAAGGAUCCGUAGCAUUGAGGAACGGGUGAUCACGUUCUUCUAUUGCUCCCAAAUGGCUCAGUUGGGUAAGGAAGAAGGGGAGGAGAGAUAAGGUAUACCUAGGACCAAGCAGGGUGGUGCUUGAGGACCAGAUAAAGAAGACAGAAAAGGAAAUCACCCCGACCGAGCAAAGCCUAAUCAAAAGUACUUACAGUUACUAGGAAAGGAUGAAGGAAACCAUUAUUCGUGACACAGGAGAAGCUCUGGAAGUCUGGGACAAGGGGAGUUAUUAUUGUUGGGGAAGGUUGGCUGCAUCUUUGUUUGUUUUGAGACGGAGUCCUAUGUAGCCCUGACUAACUCAGAACUUGCUCUGUAGACCAGGCUGACCUUUAACCUCUGCCUGCCUCUGCCUCCCAAAUGCUGGGAUUAAAGGUAUGUGCCACCAUGCCUGGCCUCUGGCAAUAUUUGACCAGGUUCAGAACUGGCUGAGCCAAGAACAACUAAGGAACAACUCAGAGCCCAGUGUUGAAAGUCGUCUUGGUGGUGCUAACAUCCACUGUCUAAUAGUGCAUGACUUGGUUUGUAAUGCUUUGUCAGUGAGCUUUGCAAAGUCUGAGCUGCAAAAGUCACCAUGCAUACAUACAUACAUACAUACAUACAUACAUACAUACAUACAUACAUACAUGUUGGAGAAGAGACAGGCUUAGAUUCCACCAUGAAGGUAGCUUUGAGUAAAGUAAUUAAUUAUGGAAUAGCUUACACAACCCACCUUUCCCAGGACAUCUCUGGGCAUCAGGAAGACAAAUUGGCACCAUAUGCUGUGCUUGGGACUUCUUGUUUGCUGUUUGUUCGAUUGGUUUGCUUGUUGGCUAUAUACUGCCAUUGUCCAAAGAGAUUUGGAAAUGGGCUAUAUAAACUAUAAUGCUAAUGGGAGAGAAGAGGAGUUCUUAAAGGAGAAUGCAGAUAAGGAACAUGGCCUUCAAGACUACACAUUCACUCUUCCAAGACCUCCAGCUCCCAUCUCUCUGGCUCCCAGAACAAAACUGUAGAACUUCCUAAGCCUGGCAUUCCACAGGGAAGAUGCCAUAAGCCCUUGCAUGGAUUGGUAGUGACACACAGGCACAUCGAAGGGCAUCGUGUUGCCCUUCCAGCCUGACCCGGUGUGCAAUGCCCUCAUAGCGGGCUCCUUAGGCAACAGGGCAUUCCAGGCAUGUACUGGGACCUGAAGAAUUUGGAAGUCCUCAACAUCCAUGUAGGGCUGAGGCACCUCCUAAGCAGAGCUGUGAACCAACCCUAGCUCCUUACACUGCUCCAGGUGCUGCUUGGUGCCAGCGAAGAGCCAGAGGCCACACAAGCUCAUUGCCUUUAUAGAGCGCUUACCCUCACCUAGUCAGGGCUACUUUUCCUGUACCUGUGCUACAUGGUGAGUUGCAGGCCAACCUGAGCUACAUAAUAAAGGAAAUAAGGGCUGCUGGGAAUCCAGCUCAGUGGUAAGGUGCUUGCUAAUGUGUGGGAAACUUCAGCUCAUUAUUUAGCACCAUUAAAAAAAUGGUGCGGCAAA